UCCGAUCUGCUCUAAAAGAAUCCCUCCGAAGGCAGGAUUUUUUUGCCGUUGAAAUAGAAAAAUCCCCAUUUGUGGCCUAAAACCCAAAUUCCUCCGUUUCCUUCAGCCCUAGGCCAAUUGGUUGUCCACGUGUCUCUCUCACACUUUUCCGCUCUCUCUACAGUCUACAGUACCAAUAUUAGGAGUCCCGCCAGCGCCCCGAAAACCAACAGCCUCCUUCAGUCGUCCUCCGCUGCUCUCCCCCUCUUUCUCUGAGCACGUACGAGUAAAUGGCAGAGGAGAAUAGGGCUCCGCCGCCGUUCGCGUGAUUGCUACAGAAAAUUGACAGCCUUGGGAAUGGGAUGUUCUGACAACUCAAUGGAGUUGGAUGCCGAGGAUUCCAUAGUGGGUCUUCCUGUGCAAGAUCCACCAGAUGAGGAGUUCUCCUCUGUUGACCUAACAUGGACCAAGCUUAGCAAUUCUAGUGGAGGUACCGAUGAUGUUGCACUUAUUCUCUAUGAACGUGUUGAUGACUUUAUCUUUGGGGAAUGCUCGAAUGUGCAAUAUCCGACUAGGUUUCACCUUGAGAGAGGCAGAAGAAGAGCUCUAGGAAGCUUGAAGAAAUUCAAAAGUGAUGAUUAUUUGGAAUAUAAACACUAUUGGUGCUCAUUUGGCCCAGAAAAUUAUGGAGAGGGUGGAGAUAUUUUGCCCAGUCGAAAGUAUCGGCUCAAUACCCGCAAACGAGCUGCUAGACCACAGUCAAUGCGUGGUUGUACUUGCAAUUUUAUAGUGAAGCGCCUCUAUGCACGACCGUCAGUUGCACUUAUUAUGUACAAGCAGCGAUUGCAUGUUAACAAACAUGGGUUUAUCUGCCAUGGGCCACUAGAUAGAGAUGCUAUUGGACCUAAGGCAAAAGCUAUCCCUUACGUAGGUAGUGAAAUUCAACGACAGACAAUGUCUAUGAUUUAUCUAGGUAUUCCUGAGGAGAAUGUUCUUCAAAAGCACAUUGAGGGCAUUGAGCGCUACUGUGGCAGUAAUGUGAAAGGUGCCAAACUUGCUUCACAGUAUGUCAGAAAAUUGGAGAUGGUUAUCAGGCGAUCCACCCAUGAACUUGAUCUAGAUGAUGAAUCCAGUAUUCGCAUGUGGGUUGACCGUCAGAAGAAAUCUGUAUUCUUUUUCCAGAAUUACUCAGACACUGAUUCUUUUGUUUUGGGAAUUCAAACGGAAUGGCAACUGCAGCAAAUGAUUCGAUUUGGUAGGCAGAGCCUUCUAGCAGUUGAUUCCACAUUUGGGGUUAGCAAGCUAAAGUAUCCUCUAUACUCGCUCCUGGUGUUUGAUGCUAGACAACAUGCACUGCCGGUUGCGUGGGUCAUAACACGGAGUUUCGCUAAGCAUGAGAUAUCUAAGUGGAUGAAGGCUCUUUAUGAUAGGAUUCUUUCUGUGGAUCCUUCUUGGAAAGUUAAUGGAUUCAUUAUUGAUGAUGCAGUCCUUGAGAUUGAUCCAAUCAGGGAUAUCUUUCAUUGCCCCGUUCUUUUUUCCAUUUGGCGAAUUCGCAGAUCUUGGCUGAAGAACAUCAUAAAGAAAUGCAGCAAUAAAGAAAUUCAAAGAGAAAUCUUUAAGCGCCUUGGCCAAAUUAUAUGUAGUAUAUGGACUGGAGCUGAUUCUGUGGAUGCCAUGGAAGAAUUUAUUCAAGAUUUUAUUGAUCAAAGUACCUUCAUGAAGUAUUUCAAUGAAUGCUGGAGACCAAAAAUAGAAAUGUGGCUUGCUGUCAUGAGAAGUCUUCCUUUAGCAAGUCUAGAAGCAUGUGGUGCUGUUGAAUCGUAUCAUCUGAGGUUGAAGCUUAAAUUAUUUGAUGACUCACAUCUCAGGGCAACGCAGCGUGUUGACUGGUUGGUUCAUAAGCUGACGACAGAGCUGCAUUCUAGCUAUUGGCUUGACCAGUAUGCAGAUGAGAGUGGCAUGUUUGAAAAUGUCAAAGAUGAGUACGUACUGUCUACAUCAUGGCAUCGUGCACUGCAGAUUCCAGACAGUGCGGUCAUCUUUGAUGAUGAGGCACAACUUUAUGCUAAGGUUGUUAGCCAAAGAGACAACUCUCAAAUGCAUAUUGUGUGGAAUCCUGGGUCAGAGUUUGGUUUCUGUGAUUGUGCAUGGGCUAUGCUUGGGAACCUUUGCAAACAUGUUAUCAAGGUUAAUUCAGUUUAUCACAAGCAGAAGUCUCAUCCAUCAUCUAUGUCACAUCUUUCAUUUCAUCAAACCUUAGUCACUUUAUGGCAAAAUCCUUUGGAUGAUUCAGUUGACCUUGAUCGAGCUAUAGCUUGGGCUGGUCAAAUGGAAGAGAGUGUUCAGAGAUUAGUGGAACUAAGUAGUUCAAAUGAUAUUGGAGGCGUGGUAGACAAUUUGUCAUUGAAGUGGGUAGUUAAGAAAAGCAGAACAUCUAUUGGCAAGCGACCUGAUGCUUUUUUGGCUCUUCCUACUAAAAUGAGUGAUGCUACUCCCAAAAGACAGCUUAGGAACAAGAAAUUGACAUUCCUGAAACUCUCUGCUCUGAAAGAUUAAUUUUCAGAAGGUAUUUGUGGUGAAAAUUGUUGAUGUGAGAACAGGCGUUAGAUGGCACAACCGUCAUUCUUAAUUGAUUGGUUUAGGCAAAGCAGGAUCCCUUUGGUAUGUAUUUCAAUUGGUUAUCAAUUAUCAUUAGUUUAGUGGUCUUUAUUCUGUCUUUAAAUUAUCUGAUCUUUUGCUCAUUUCUUUCUAUAACAAAAAUAAUCCUUGUGUGAAUUUAUUAUUGCAUUUUUUUUCUUCUUUUCUUCUUGUGAACAUUGUAAAAUGAACUACUUUGAAAGAAAUAACUAAAAUAAAUUACUUUAUCACAUUUUCAACUUCAGGAGCCAGCUAUUUGUUGGAAACAAUAUGUUUGUCUAUGUGAGACCAUUAUAAGCAAAUUGCAACACGUGAGUAGUUCUCACCUAGACCCCAAAUACGUUCCCGACUAUGUUGUGCAUCAUCUUGCAAGUGAUCAGCUUCUAUUUCACAGGCAUAGCUGAAUAACAAAUUAUCAUUGCAAGUGGGUUUACAUCUGGAAACCUCACCUGAUCUGAAUAGAUCAUGUGAUUGAAUUCUGGCUUGAACUUUUUUCUUUUGCUUAUGCAAUACUUUUGCAGUAACUUCGUCAUUAUCUUUAUUCUCUGUGGAGUUCUAUUUUCGAUCGCAUCCUUUGGAAGCUUAGCAGUAAAAUCCCAAUUCUAUUUUGUUUCAACAUGUGGGUUUGCAUCUGGAAACCUCACCUGAUGUGAAUAGAUCAUGUGAUUGAAUUCUGGUUUGAAUUUUUUUCUUUUGCUUACGCAAUAUUUUUGCGGUAACUUCGUCAUUAUCUUUAUUCUCUGUGGAGUUCUAUUUUCGAUCGCAUCCUUUGGAAGCUUAGCAGUAAAAUCCCAAUUCUAUUUUGUUUCAACAUGCCAAACGUUUUAUACAGAUCCAACAUUAGAUUGAUGAUCAUUAUAAUUCUGCCAUUUUGCCCUCCUUGGUCGAUAGGAACAUCGCCUGUUCUCCUAUCCCACGACAGAAAUGGAGGCAGCAGUGGUUAAUUUCCCUUGGUUCCUCUAUUUCCCAAGACAGGCGAACUUCCUGGUUUGUGUGGUCUGUGGUAACUGUACUUUCUUGUUUUCUUGCCUUUUGGGAAGAAUCUGGAUGUGUACGUUUGACAUCACUACAGCGCCGUAGAUAAGAGCCGAAAACUUGGAUUCCCAUCACUUGUAUUCGUUCUGGAUGGAUGUGGCUCCGAACAGUUCUGCAGAAGAAAAGUCUACUUGGGGAUGGUUCUCGUUAAAACGUUCUGGGUUGCAUUUGUAUCAUCUAAUAAUGUGGAGAUGUGGGUAAUUCAUGGUGACUGAAAGGAAAUAGCCUCUGCUUUCUGCAUGUCUAAAGGGCCCCCGGCGAGGAAAAAGAAAUGAAAAAUGAGAAGAUUCGAGCAAUCCUAGAGGCGGCUAUUCUUUUUGGUAUACCAUUGAAGGGCUUGACAAUGAGAAAAAAAAAGGUUUUACAUUGUCGUUGCUUUCUCCAUUCACUUGUUUAUUUCGUUAGUCAGAAUUUCCGUUGGUUUGUGCUAUGAAUUGAUUUAUUAGCAGACUGACCAGAGAUGGAGAUAACCACCAAGCAAGGGGUAAGUAGGACCGAAAGCAUCCUGGAAACUCUGGUACCGGGACUCGCUACGGAAAGAGUCAAUAGACCACUCUCCUCUUCCUAUACUUGUUUUUCCGAGGCUUUGGUGUUUGUAGCGGGCCGUUUCCCACUUGGUUCUUUUUUUUUUUUUUGGUUGAAUAGCAUCUCAGUGCCUGCUAAAUUGUAGACUCAAAACUUUUAGUAUACAACUUGUCAAGUGAUAUUUGUCCAGGAAAA